AUGCGUGUCAGUAGUUAUCACCAAUGUUCGAAUUUAGAUUUUUUGAUCGACUUAACAAUGUCUCCAGUGUUUAUACAGAACCAAGCAAAAAUGGCUGAAUUGGAUAGCACUGAGCUGGUGAAUGCCAUUGUUGGCGGGCAAUCAUCUGACAACACGGUUAGAGAGCAUUGCGAGGCAUUUAUAUGGCAGAAAAUGGCGGAAAGCCCGGGGUCAGGAUGUACUAUGUUGAUGGAGCUCGCCUGUCGCAGUGAAAGCAAGCUUGAGAAUCGUCUAUACGCACUUUUGGCCCUGCGAAAGCUUAUCACAAUGUAUUGGAGUGCGGGAUUCGAAUCGUAUCGUGGUCCGCCAGGCGUAGGAGAGGAGGGCAAAGUUAUAAUACGUGACGCCCUCCUAAAGCUCGGACUGGAUGACGCACAGGACUCGAGGGUUGUUGCCAGCAGUUCUUAUUGCAUUGUACAAAUAGCGGCUGUGGAUUUUCCGGAUGACUGGCCACAGCUCCUAGAAACCGUGUUUGGCGCCAUCAUCAAUAGACAGUCACUGAGCGCGCUCCGCGUCCUUAACGAAGUUUUUGACGACGUCGUUUCAGAAGAGAUGUUUUUUCAAGGGGGUGUGGGAUGGAAGACCUUGCAGCUUGUCACAGAGAUCCUUAAAAGUCCUAACUUUUCACUUCAGGCGAAGAUCUCGGCGGGUAAGUUAUAUAAAACAUGUUUGGGACAACUACAAUCGCGCGCAGCAACAGCGACGAAGGAGCUCAGAGACUCCUUGAAAUUACAUUUACGCAAUGCUAUAAGUAUCUUCCUUCUCAUUGCGCGCUCUCACUCCUCUCUUGAUCCAUCAGAUGUUGACGUUCCUAGAAUGCUUCAGAUCGCGUUUCAAUGCCUAAAUACAAUCAAAACGUCUUUCACUCACAAGAUUGUAACUGAAAAUAUUGACCAAGAAAUCAAGUCUCUUGUUAUCGAUAUUCUGGUUUCGGUAGCCCAUAUUAUGGAGUAUAAUGAGGUUUCGGCUGAUUCCGACGAAUUUACUGCUUUUGACGAUUUAGGUUGCGAGGUCAUGCAAAUGCUGGGAAAUCUUCACGAUACUCCUUUGGAAGAACCGGAACUAGACAUUAUUGUUAAGAGUUCAAUUGCUUGUAGUGGUUUGCGGAAGGAAGAAAUUGAGGACUGGCAAUCCGACUUCAAUACAUUUGCUAGUAGAGAAGAAGGACUCUCUGGUUUGUUUACAAUGAGAGAUGCAUGUGAGGAAUAUUUGACUGAUGCUAUCAAUUCUACACAAAGGGCAGUUACAACACGCUUGCUCUCACAUUUCUCUGAACUAAAGGCUGAUGACUGGAGAUUUCAGGAGUCCAUUCUUUUUUUAAUCCGUCCUAUCUGUGAGAAUGAAGAAAACCAUGAAAUCAAUGAAGGAAUUCAACUCUUAGAUCUUUUGAUGUUUGUUAGUCAACGCAUGUUGGCGCCGGGUAGUAAUUUACACCCGCUUUUGCUGUGCAGGAUCUUGAUUGUUGUACCAAGAAUUUUGGACGGCUUUAGGAGUCAAAUAGACGACUUUGAGAACGUUGUCAAGUCAUUUUUAAAAGCCACCCUACCUUUGGCAUUAACAACAAGUACCACCGUUACAAAACUCGCCUUUUUGAUGAGCUUCACUGAUUAUUACCGAUUUUGCCUACUAGAGCCAAUUACGGGUAGUGACUUAGACGAGAUAAGAUGUGCAGUAUGUCAACUCAUCGAAGAGGUAAGCCCUGAUAGUGAAGAGGACACAGUCAGUGUUAUAUUGGAAGCACUUACAUCAGUAGUAUCCACAAAAGCUAACGAUGACAAAAGCAGUCCAUUUUAUCAUGAGGCGCUCCAGUUAUUGCUGAAAAUUUCUGUAAAGAAUCCAUCAGAUGUUCAAGUUGUUUUAGAGGCCCAAGACUGCUUGUCUAAGCUUCUGACGCAUGUCAGUACUGAAGUUUACGUUGAGUACUCAAAAACAUGUAUUCCUCUAUUUGUUAACACUCUGACCCGUAUGAUUGAAGAUAAAAUCACUUACUCACCGAUUGUUUGCUUGUCUUUGGAGCUUUUGAAAGUUUUCAUGAGGAAAAAGCCCUCAGACGGCUUUGUCCCCGCUACCAUAAGUGCAUAUGUUUUGAAGCCUUUGACAGAAAUUUUGUUAAGCUCCAGUGACGAUGCAGUUACACAACUAUCUUCAGAUUGUUUAGUCUACUUGAUUCAAAAUUCACCAUCCCAAGAAAUUAGCCCACAUUUGCCAAUGAUAAUUUCUACACUUGAAAAGCUACUAUCACUCGAAACUUCGGAUUCUGGCGCAAUGAACGUAGGCUCGCUUGUCGUUGUUGUCCUGGAGAAAUUUUCUCUGGAGUUGCAAGACCUAUAUCCAAAAAUUUUAGAAGCAGCCACGAGAAAAUUCAUCGAAGCUCAAAACAUUUCGACUGCAGAAAACUUGGUGUUUUUGUUUUGUUAUUUAAUAUCAAUUAAUCCUCGGGAAGCUAUUAAUUUUCUGUCAUCCUUCAACAUAGGUGGAACAGGAAGCAAUGCAUUAAGUGCAGUUUUACCUAAGUGGCUGGAGGCGUUUGAGGUUGUACGUGGCGAUAAAAGAAUCAAGGAAAAUAUCAAAGCGCUCUCUAUACUUUUUUUUCAGAGCGAUGAGAGAAUUGCCAGCUUAAUGGUCAAUGGCGACCUCAUUCCCUAUGCUGGUGAUCUCAUUGUGACAAGAUCAAUGGCCAAAUCUAUGCCUCAGGAAUACACCAAAGUCACGGCCUAUGAGAAGCUGGUGAAAGUAUUUGUCGCAGAGCUCGAAUUUCAAUCAAAAGAACGAAACCUAGAAAAAUACAUUCCGACAGGCGUCGAAAAUUAUGGGGAGAUGUCAGGUAGAGAAGGUGGUGACCAGGAUGGUGAAGAUGAUGGUGACUGGGAAGACGUAGAUGGUGCUCUAGAGUUUGAGAGACUGCAAAGACAUCUAGAUGAUGAUAGUGGAAUUGCAUCCGACGAGUACGAAGAAGAGGAUGGAAAUCCUACUGACGAAAGUGGUGACGAGGAUGAGGAAGUCUAUGACUCUGAGGGUAAGUCACAUAGAAAGUCACAAGUACGCGAACCAUCUGUGCGAGACUUGCUGACAAGUUUCUUUCGAGAGGCCGCUGCUAAGAAUAUCAACAACUUCCAAGAGAUUUAUGGGAGACUUUCAGAUCACGAAAAAGAGGUGUUGUCAGAAAAUCUGUUGUAA